GGUGUAGGCCCAGGGGCUACUCCUGUCCAGGUCGUGGUCCUCUGGAGUUUUUGCAUCAAUUAAAGCAAAUAAUGCUCUCUGUUUUCCACCAGGCCCAGACAAGUGAUUGGCCGAGACCGGUCCCGUGACCACAAAUUCCCUGCAAUUUCGCCGGAGUCCUGGGUUUAAUAGAGAGAGUCCCCAUACGCUUGUAUUUAUCAGCUAUAUACAAUUAUAAAGGCCCAAAAUUUAAAAAAAAAAAAAAAGAGCGAGAGGGAAAUCUCCUCCUCUCAAAAUCGCUCCAUUGCAGAAACCUGGGGGGCGGGCAGGAGAGGGGGUCCCUUCCGAGAUCCUCCCUCCUGACGCCCCCCCAGCAGCCCCCUCCCCCACCAUUGAAAGCCAUGAAUUUUGAAUUUGAGAGAGAGAUCGGUUUUAUAAACAGCCAGCCAUCGCUCGCCGAGUGUCUGACUUCCUUCCCCGCUGUCUUGGAGACAUUUCAAACUUCAUCAAUCAAGGAGCCGACAUUAAUUCCUCCUCCUCCUCCUUGCGAGCAAACCUUCCCCAGCCUCCAGCCCGGCGCCUCCACCCUUCAGAGACCCGGGAGCCAAAAGCUAGCCGAAGAUGGGCCUGCUCGACCGCCACCACCGCCGCCCCCGCCGGCACCGCCUGUCCCCGCCGGCCCCCUGGCCCCCGAGUUCCCCUGGAUGAAAGAGAAGAAAUCUGCCAAGAAACCCAGUCACUUCGCCUCGUCUCCGGCCCCGGCCGCUCCCGUCCCGGGCUCCGGGGUCGGCUCGCCCGCAGAUGGCCCGGGACUGCCGGAGGCCGGCGGCGGCGGCGGCGGCGGCGGGGCGCGCAGGUUGCGCACGGCGUACACCAACACGCAGCUGCUGGAGCUGGAGAAGGAGUUCCACUUUAACAAGUAUCUGUGCCGGCCGCGCCGAGUCGAGAUCGCAGCCCUGCUGGACCUCACCGAAAGGCAGGUCAAAGUCUGGUUCCAGAACCGGCGCAUGAAGCACAAGCGGCAGACGCAGCACCGGGAGCCACCCGACGGGGAGCCCGCCUGCUUGGGAGCGCUGGAGGACGCCGGCGACCCCGCGGAGAACCCUGCAUCCAGCCCAGGCAGCCCCUCCGCCUCCCGGGUGGCUUGGGACGCCUGCUUGGGCUUAGCCCAGAUCGCGCCGGGACUCCCGGAGGUGCCGGGCCCCGGACCCCUGGCCGCUUCUGCGGAGGCUGCGAGAGCGCCGAGCCCCGGGUGCGCGCUGCGCAGAGCCAGCGCGCUGGAGCCCGAGCCCCUGCCGGAAGCCGCCUCCCCGGAGCGCCAGGACUCGCCUUUCCUGCCCGCCCUCAACUUCCUCGCCGCAGACUCCUGUCUCCAGCUUUCUCCCACCCUGCAGGGCUCGCUCGACAGCCCGGUCCCCUUCUCCGAGGAGGAGCUGGACUUCUUCACUAGCUCGCUGUGCUCCAUUGACGUGCAGUUCCCCUGACCCGCUCCUCACUGCCUUUCCCGCCCUGCACUCCGUGCCGGCUGCUGGAAGAAUGGAGCCUCCCCCACCCCCAGUCGCAUUUACUUAUGUUUUUACUAAAAAUCCAGGUAUUAAUGAA